UGUAAGCAAGGACAAAUAAAAAAAUAUAUUAAAUAAUAAAUACUAUACAAAUUUGUGCAACAAAUUGUCGUCAAUUCAAAUGAACUUAAGAUACCAACAAAAAAAAAGUGAUCAAUAAAUUAUCAUUUCUUAAUACAUAGUACGAUUCCAUUCACAUAAGCAUAUAAAUGAAUAAUGAAACUACUAUUCUAUAUUGAAAAUAAAAAAAUGUCACAAAAAACCGAGCAAAGUUUAAAAACAACGCACAAAUGUUACAAUUGCAUUGGUUGGCGAGUGCUAAUGCUGGGUUUCUGCGUCAUACUCCUGUACGCCACCGUUGCUGCGGCGUCUGUGGAGGCGACAACAAUGGGCAUUGCCACGGCGACAACAGCCACAUAUAUGACGGCGAUGUCUGAAACAACAACGUUGAAACCAAAAAACGAUGUCAUAAGACGUAGUAUAAGAGUGGGCAAAUAUGGUAAUGCUACUAUAUUGUGUAAGACUUCGAAUCGUUCACAAACUUACUUUUAUGAUGCGUCUAUGGAAAAGUUCGUGUUUCCGUUCGACAUCGAAAAUGAGCUUCUAAGUAAUUAUGCCGUGUUAGUUUUGAAUGGAGUUCAUCAACCGUCAACCUACCUGUGCUUUCAAAAUGGAACUCUUUUAAGUGAAACGAUUUUGACAAUUGAUAGUGUAAUACAGACGGUUGUUAUCGAAAUGGGAAAGGGCGAUGAUGCCGCGCUUACAUGUAAACAUGAUGAAGACCAACCAGUCUAUUUUCAAAAAGACCUCGGCAAGGAGAACAUCAGAACUGAUAUUGUGUCAAUUAAUAGGACAACGAGUAUCCUUUUGAUUAGAAACGCAUCUUUACAAAAAACGAAAUAUAGUUGUACAUAUUUGGACAAUAAGCACAUAGAUGAAUCGGAAUUGAACGUGGGCACUCCUCCGACACCAGUGAUCAAUUUUAAUUGCGCGAAUCAUAACUAUUUCAGUAUGUUUUGUGAAUUUUCGAUUCCACCGAAUAACUUACUCCCGGAUUACAGUUUAACGUACCAAGUGGAUUUGUUAAAUUCCGAGAAAUGUGACCUCAAAUAUACUAUGAAGAAUGGAAUUUUAACUGCGAAUACUACUUUGGACCCCUAUCACCCCUCCGGUUAUGUCUACAAAUUCACUUUGAUUGCGAGUAAUAUUUUAGGAAAUCUUUCACAAGAAUUUGUUGUUUUAAAUAAUGAAAGUGCGAUACCUCCAAAACUUUUUAUUAACAUCGAAAACAUAAAAUCCCAUAGCGUAAAUUUGAAUUGGUGGGAUUUUCAGAGCCCAUACUACCAACUAGAUUUAGUAUAUGAUAUUCACGUUCAACCAGUUGAUAGAGAUGGAUAUACAAACUCGAGUACUUGUCGCACAUUAGAAUGUGAAAUGAUACUUGAAAAUCUUCCAUAUGCAAAUUGGAAUUAUACAUUGACUGUGCGUGCGCGUGUGAAUGCCACAAAUAGCAAGUGGAACGAGCCAACCUAUCUUAACUUCAAAACCACAUCGUGUAUACCCGAUCGUCCGCCAAAAACGAUUGCAGGGGGCUUUUAUAUUCAUUACAAUUCCACUGAAAAGGUAAUAAGCCUAUAUUGGGAGGAGUUGGCGCGACAUGAGCGGAAUGGACCAGGAUUUUAUUACAGAAUUGAUACGUGGAAUGGGACACAUGUAACAUCAAAAACAUCUACAGAAACAUCAGUAACCUUUCCUUGGUUAGACCAACCUAAAGUUUAUGAAGUCCGCGCUGUAAAUGAUGUUGGUGCAUCUAUAGCUAUGAGUACAAUUAAUGUUAAUGUAUCGCAAACAUCAUACGUACCGAAACGAAUCGAGCAGUUAUUGUAUAGUAACGAUACACUUGAAUUACUAUGGAUGCAUCCUGCUGACUACCAGAAAGACCCACCAAGUAAUUACACUGUAUUUUGGUGUCAACAAAAGUUAGUGUCACUGACAAAGUGUGAGGGUUCGAUGCGUUUCGCAGUGGUCAACAAUAAUACGACAAAGUUCCAUAUAUCAGUAAGAGAAAAGGAAUUCAUAAUGGCUGUUGCGGCUAAUUAUCCAAAUUCGAGUAGUGGUUUGCAUUGGAAAACUUGCUAUGAUGCAGUAUUCGGCAGUUUAGAGACCGUAACGCUCGAAGCUAAAGCCGUAUCAUCGACAGAAAUCGCCUUAAGGUGGCGUUUAGAGGAGACUUGUGUUAAUGCUUUUAAUGGUUACAAUGUAACGUAUUGCCCCGUAGAAAGUGAAGGACAGCAGUGUAACGAUUCUGAGAACAUAACUAUUAAUUUUGGUGAUCCAGGAAUUCAAGAAAUCACUUUAAAAGAAUUGCAAACGUAUACCUUCUAUCGCAUCACAAUGCUCUUAUAUGCUAAAGAUGAACGCAGGGGUCGGCCCAGUGAGUUUAUAUUUUGCCGUACAAUGGAUGCAGCUCCGUAUCCACCUACUGGUUUAAGAUUUGAAAAAGCUUCCUUAACAAGUAAUUCGGUAAAUAUUUCUUGGGUAGCGCCGAAAGUCACUAAUGGAAAAAUUACAAAAUAUACCGUUUGGUAUUUAAGGAAAAUUAGGGGAAACACUACAAACGACCCAACGCAGACGGAUAUUCCAAUAGGUGACCGAAAUGUCACUAAGUUCUCUUAUAAGUUGAGAGACCUUAGCAGUUAUUCGCCGUAUAAAGUGUGGGUAACGGCGUGGACAUCAAAGCAAUCAAACAAAAGUGAAUCGUUGAACAUUAAUACCUUAAUGGGAAGACCAUCGGAACCACUCGAUGUGGACCUUGACAGAGAUGACGGUUAUUAUACAGUCAAAUGGACAGACCCCGUAAUGCCAUCAGGGCUCGUAGAGCUAUACGAGCUGAAAUUCUUUGAUGGUGACAAAGUGAAGCUAGCUUAUAUGCAGCGUGGCUCAAAGAAGACACAUCGAUGUCGCUUUAAAUAUCCUGGUUGCACGGGUGCAUGGCACAAAAUGGAGGUGCGCGCUAUCAAUCUGGUGCCAGAAGAUCAAUUUGAUAAUACUACAUUUACCGUAGAGCCAAAGACAGUGCAACGAAAACGCCGCCAUAGUAUGCCUACGAUCAGUACCGGAGCAGUAUUUCAUCAAUCACUAACUAAUGGUGAGAAAAAGAACAACAUUAUCACGCCGUUACAACAGGAUUUUGAAUGUGAACUAAAAGAUGAAGAUGACAUCAAAACGAAAGUUCUUACUAUACCUGGCGUAAUACCGCUUGAGUCGGCGGCGGCAGGAUUAUCUCGCAAUACAUACAAAUGUCCGAAGUUUCCCUAUGAGAUAUUGGUGGCUUCAUUGAUUUUUGUGGGCAUGUUUAUUGCUACAGUAUUUUGGGUAGGCAAUGACAUUCGACGUCGCGCGAAAUGUGCUGUUCUACUUCCUGAUCCAAUUGUCACACUAAUGAGUAAAAUACCUGGAAAUCUUACUGACAACCAGCCGAUGAACGACUCAUUCAGCAAAUUUAAUGAUUUUGACUCUUCCAAAAAUCCAAUUCAAAGUACAAAUAAAUUUGAUUACGAUAGCGCGUUAACGCCUAGUAGUAGUGAGAGUGGCGUAGACGGUGUUGGCGCCUGCGAUAAUGUAAGUAGCAGCAGUAGUCGUGACAAUGUCGACGACACGUAUUUCGAUCGGUUUGGACCAAUAGAUGCACUAGUUUCAUCAGCGAGCAAUACCUCACUGAAUGAGAGCAGUCUUUCCUCGCAUCAACAUUCCCCGUUGCAACGGAAAAAUGCACACAGCGCGCCUACGCCAUUGAGAAAUGAUGGUUACAAAGGUGUCAACCAAUUAACAGGCAUUGGAAAACCAGUUAGCGAUGAGAGUAACGCUUCCAGUUACUCAUCAUCAUAUAUGCCCCUGCACUCGAUUGCGCCAAAGAGUCCAUUGAAUAUAGAGUCGCCGGUUAGUGAUAAUGGAAAUGUUGGAAAUUGUAUAGCCUCAGAUAAAGAAACUGCAACAUCAGUCAGUUUUCCGCCGACGGCGGAUGCCGCAAUCGAUCGGGGACCAGCAAAAUCUGCGAUGUUCAACAAUUACCUACCACAUAAUUGCAUGCAAGCAAAACCCAAUCUCUUAACGAAUUUUACGCUUGCAACUGGUGAUUAUGUGCUACCCGAUGCAUUGCCUAAGAUUGCACCAGCACAGGAAGAUAAUGAACAAGCUCAAACAUCAUUACAGCAACAAAAGAAUAACCCUAUAGUUUCAUACGGUUAUGUUACAUCCGAUUUUUGGUCGCAACAAAAUACAAUGAAAUGAAUCUCAACAAAUCGAGGUUUAGGAAAAUAUUAUCGAAGCAAUGCUGCCAAGAAGAAAGACAAGAUCAGCUACGUUUGACUCAUGUAGAGUUCAAUAGUAAAAAUUGAUGCGUUGAUAAGCAUGGAAAAAAAAAACAAAAGAGAACAUCGAUGUACUAAAUGUUAUUUUUUUUUUUUUUUUUUAGAUAAUAUUUAAGAGAAAAAUAUUCACUUUUAAUGCAUUAGUAAAACUAAUGAAGCCAAAGGCUUGCAUACGAGUUGAAAAUAACUUUAAUUCGAUGACUUAUGCGACUGAUUUAUUGUUUUUAUAUAAAUUUACUUGAUCGGUAACAUGUAUACGUAUAGAUGUACAUACAUACAUACUUAUGGCAAUCAUCAAUGCAAAAGGUCCUAAAUUUAAAUUUUACGCGAGAAGCUAAGAACGUUUAAAACUUACACAGUAAAUAUUUGCAGAACUGUUGCUAAAGAUGCUAAGAAAACUCGUAUAUUUUUAAAUAUCGCUUUGAACUUUCUUAGAGCAGUGCAGCUGAUAGCCAACUAAUGUAAUACAUAAAAGUAAGGCCUUUUGCAUUGAUAAUUGUUUUAAUUUAGGUAACAAGUGUUGAAUGUUGUAGGACCUUGAAGUCAAGGUAUUUGCAAUAUGAAACAAAAAACUGGUAUGCUUAUCAAAUUAACUACACUGUAGGAAUGCUAAAAUGACACAAAAAAUGCCGAGACACGUAAACUUAAUUUUGGUUCGUAGAUUACUAAUCCGUACACCAUUUUUUCUAGAUCGGGCCAUUUUUCCAAGAUAUUUUCAUUUUAUGUUUGCAUUGCGAAUGUAAUAGAAUUCCAACUUUAAAAUGGAAAUGUUACUCAUACGCCAUGUACGAGGACAGCCAUAUACGAAAUUUAUAUCGAGUCCUAACCGCCAAAAAGAUGUAAGCAAUAUUUUUGUUUAUUUAUCCAUAGAUUGUCAACGCUAGGAGCUUGAUUUUUUGCAAAAGAACAGGCUUUAAUACAAAUGUAAUACAAAUUGCAAUUUCUUAAUUUUUUUUCCUUGUUUGAAUUAUUUGUUUAUACAAAUUACAAUACCAUAUAUUGGGAGAAUUGCCUUAUCUGGAAAAACGGUAUACAGAUCCAUAACCUAUGGCCCAAUAUUAAGGUUACGUGUUAAAGUUACGUGUUUUUAUGUAAUUUCAAAACAUAAGAUUUUCCCUACAGUGUUAGUUGUAAAAUAUUUGGAUACAUGUGUACAUACAUACAUACAUACAUAUCAUCUCAUUCUUCUGCCUUCUUGAGAAUCGAGAGGCUUUCCACUCUACAUUCGUUUCUCCUUUCAUUUUUGUAUGGAGUGGCAUAAAUUGAAGACCUUCUGCUUUCGCUACCCAUAGAAGGGCUUCCAGAAGGGUUUUUGUAAGACGUAUUUCAGAACGCCUUUUGGGGGAGUUCUUAUAAAACUGCUUCAUAUCUUCAUAUAUAUUUUUUUUUUCAAUGUAAAGUACAUAUUUAAAUUUAUUUGUAAUAUUAAAUGAUAUAAAUUUACGCAUUCGUGUAAAUUGCAAAUAGAAAAAGACCAUCUAGAAGCCAUGCAGGCAAGCACUUUUUUCAGCCCUUCUUGGGUAGGCCUUCAGAAUGGCUUUA